AUGGCGGAGGAUGAAGAGAUGACUGAAUUCGAUCAAGAACUGGAUGCAAUUAUCCGAGAACAUGAUUCAUUAACGGCAUCCGUAAUAAGUCAAAAAAUGUAUAUCACCGACCAAAAACAAUUACUAGAUCGUUUGCAACGGAUUGGGAAUGUUUACCGUCCGCGAAUUUUUAAUCGUGAGUUUACUGAGGAUGAUUUGCAACAGUGGAACGAUCAACUUGUAGAAAUUAAGAAAUACAUUGCAAUCGCUUCAAGUAAGUCAGUGUAACAAAACAUUAACCGAGAUUUUCACACCAAACGAUAUUUGAUGGUCAAAAUCCUUUUAAAAGAGCAUCUAUCUCAUUUUAAUAAAACGCAUACCGUAAAGCUUUUCUUAAAGAGAAACUCCCAUUCGUAAGUUAAACAAGGGUUAUUUUCGCGUGAUGAAAGAGGAAAAAAAGCAGAAAAUAAAAUUCAUUUACUAUUGGCCUGUUUAAAAAUAAGGCAUGCGAGUACUUUUUAAGUUUCUCGAGAAUAAAAUGUGGUAGAGAGUUUUGCGUUUUUACCAUUCAAAAGAAGAGACUUUGGAGUACAUUUUUACAACAGAUAUGAUUCGAAAAUAGGUUUUAAAGUAACUUUUCAGAAGAUCUUUGGAAAACGAACUCAUAGCUUAAAAACUUCAAGUACGAACAC